AUGAUUAGCACUGCACUACUUUACUGUUUGUUACAUUUUAAUCAAAUUUAUGGCCGAAAUGUUUCUCUAAGUCCAUUUCGAGCUUCUGAUCAAGAAAUAAUUCCAAGUGAUAAUCAAGGCCCUUAUUAUGCACAGCCUGAACAAAUCGCUCUUAGCUAUGCAGGUAAUGUAUCAUCGAUGUGGGUUACAUGGCUUACCUUUAAUAACACCUUUUCAUCCAUUGUUGAAUUUGGUGUAGGAAAAUUUCAAUGGUCUGUAAAAGGCUAUUCUACACUUUUCAUUGAUGGUGGUGUACAAAAAACUAAACGAUAUAUUCAUCGAGUUUUACUAUUAAAUUUGAUACCUGGAACCACUUACCUAUAUCAUGUUGGCUCGGAAUAUGGUUGGAGUUCAAUUUAUCAAUUCAAAGCUUUACAAAAACGAGAAAAUGGUGGAUUUAUUUUUGCAGUUUAUGGUGAUCUUGGAAGUGUUAAUGCGCGAUCACUUGGAAAAAUACAACAACAAGCACAGCGGUCACUUAUUGAUGUUGUUUUACACAUUGGAGACAUAGCCUACAAUUUAGAUACUGAUGAUGGUAAAUUUGGUGAUCAGUUUGGUAGGCAAAUCGAACCUAUAGCAGCUUAUGUACCGUAUAUGACAGUAGUUGGUAACCAUGAACAAGCUUACAACUUUUCACACUAUGUUAAUCGAUACACUAUGCCAAACAGUAAUCACAAUUUUUUUUACAGUUUUGAUUUGGGUUUGGCUCACUUUAUUGUUAUCUCAACGGAGUUUUAUUAUUUCACCGCUGAAUAUGGUUCCAUACAAUUAGAAAACCAAUGGAAAUGGUUGAUCGAAGAUUUAAAGCUUGCGCACUUAAAUCGAGCCAAAUAUCCUUGGAUUAUAACCAUGGGUCAUCGGCCAAUGUACUGUUCGAACUAUGAUACAGAAGACUGCACUCAAUAUGAAUCACGGAUUCGAUCAGGUAUGCCUCAAACACAUGCUUAUGGAUUAGAAAAAUUAUUUUACACAUUCGGAGUUGACUUAGAAAUUUGGGCUCACGAGCAUUCUUAUGAACGUAUGUGGCCUUUAUAUAAUCGUACUGUUUAUAACGGUACCAAAGAUCCAUAUGUUGAUCCACCUGCACCAGUGCACAUAAUUUCAGGAUCAGCUGGAUGUCAAGAAUAUACAGAUCCAUUUGUUACAAAUGUUCCACCUUGGAGUGCAUACCAUUCAUCUAAUUAUGGUUUUGGUCGUUUGCAUAUUCAUAAUUUCACGCACCUCUAUUACGAGCAAGUGUCUGCAGCGAAAGAAGAAGUAGAAGAUUACUUUUGGUUGAUAAAAUAUCGUCAUGGGCCAUUUUUGAGUAGCCAUCGUAAGCAGCUGAAGAAAUUCGGUCAAUUUGUACCUUACAAUUACUGCAAUCAUAAAUUAGAAUGUACAGUUAAUAAACAGUAA